AGUGCCGGAAGCUUUCAGUCUGUCCAAAAUGGCUUACCAGACACUACAACAGGAGUACUUACAGAUUCCUGUUGUUACCAGGGCAUAUACAACCGCCUGUGUCCUCACGACUGCUGCAGUGCAACUAGAGAUCAUCACGCCAUUUCAGCUAUACUUCAAUCCAGAUUUGAUUCUAAGGAAUUACCAGGUAUGGCGUCUAAUAACCAACUUCCUGUUUUUUGGUCCAGUUGGCUUCAACUUCCUGUUCAAUAUGAUUUUUCUAUACAGAUACUGUCGUAUGCUCGAGGAGGGCUCUUUCCGGGGACGCACGGCUGACUUCGUCUUCAUGUUCCUCUUCGGUGGGCUUCUGAUGACUAUAUUUGGUACUUUUGUGAGUCUGGUGUUCCUGGGCCAAGCCUUCACCAUCAUGCUGGUUUACGUGUGGAGUCGGCGAAACCCAAACGUUCGCAUGAAUUUCUUUGGUCUUCUGAAUUUCCAGGCACCCUUCCUGCCCUGGGUGCUGAUGGGAUUCUCACUUCUGCUGGGCAACUCCAUCAUCGUGGAUCUUUUAGGUAUCGCUGUUGGUCAUGUGUACUUCUUUCUGGAGGAUGUUUUCCCCAACCAGCCAGGUGGUGGAAGGUGGCUGAAGACCCCAUCUAUCAUAAAAAUGCUGUUUGACACUCCAGAGGAAGACGCCAACUACAACCCCCUGCCCGAGGAGCGCCCGGGAGGGUUCGCCUGGGGAGAGGGACAGCGCCUUGGAGGUUAAAUAUACCCCCAGACCAGGUCACGUCCAAGGACAUUCCCCCAGAGAGAUGAAGGGGACAAACAUGGUCUUUGCUUUUGACAUGUUUGUUUAGUUCUGGAUGAAGAAUGCCAAACAACCAGAAGUGGUUUGGAGAUAACCGUCUGUUGUCUGUGUAUAUGGGCUUAAAUCACCCUCAGAAACUCUUCUUGAUGCCAGAUCGUUGCUCUAAGACUAUUUGAGAGAACACAAGCUCCGGAUGGAACUUUGGACGGUGAGCCUUUGGGUUCGAGUGAUGUUUGUCUUCAUCUCAGAAAAAAAAUAUUGAUAUACAACAACUGUCAUAUGAAAGAGUAAAAAAUGACAGCAGUAAAAUAUUAUCAAAAUGAAUUUAUUCAGAUGGCAAGUGCAUUUUUUUUUCGAUUUCACUUUUUUAAAAAAUAAAUGUGUGUGGCAAAUGAUGCUUUGGUUUCAUCUCUUUGAACUGUAGUUUUAUUCCAUGAAACCAAAGACGUCUCAACAAAUUAGAUGAAUUGAUUCAUAUAAAUAUCACUAUGGACAGUAGACAGGAUCUUUUAACUUUAUUCUCUCAACAGAGCAAGACAUUGUAACAUGCAAAUAUCAAGAUUUGUAGUAUGUCCUUAACUUCAUAGUCCAUCUUUUCCUCCACCUUCAGGUGGGUUAAAUUUUCCCAUCUGUGCUCCUUCUUUUUCUAUUUUGAUACACAGUCCACUUUCAAAAAGGGCAAGUCCUGCCUAUUAUUUUAUGUGACAAUACUUUUGACUGACUUUGCACAUAUUUAGACUUUUUUAUGUUAUCAUGUGAUCUGAUUUACUACCCAAACAGCAUGUGUGGAAUGGAUUAUUAAUCCAGGUCAAGAGUGCCUGUUUGUUGCUCUUGAGAAGGGAUAAGAGAAGUCAUGAGUUACGCAUAUGUAAAAUUAGAGUAGGAUUUAAAAGCUUUGUUGAUUUAUGCUUGCAUUGGAUAAAGAAAAAAAAAGGUUUCAUGGGCCUUACAGUGAGUUUCCAAUAAUAUGUGAAUGGGUAAUGAAAUCAUAUAUUUUUUUUUGUAUUACAGUUGAUUGUGUCUUUCUGUUUUAGUUCACAUUUUUCAAUUAUCUCAAGUAAACUGUUAUACAAAUGGAGUUGGAUUUUACUAUUACAGACAUAAAUGACCUUUCACACAUCCUUAUUAAAGGAUUCCAUGAAGGCCCAGUGAUCAUCAACAUAAUGCACUGUGUAUCACUGUCAUGUUUACAUUCAUACAUCUGAUUCCCGGGCUUGUGCUUCACACAUUUUGUCUUGAUCUAUCUAAAUAUUUUGUUUUUAUUGUAAUACUGCACAUUAAAUUUAAGAGAAAAUUGAAGUAAUCCCCAGAGAU